CUUCCCUCUCUCUAGGCUAGGCUAGGCUCCCUCAGCUGUGUGGUUCGAUCGAUCCGCCGGUCUCUUUUGCUCACCAAUUAAGAACCAAGAGACAGCAUGCACCACCCUGCUGGUGAGGUAGUUGCCGGUGUUUUCCUCCCGUACCUGCCGCCCGCCGCUGCAGCAGCCACAGCGCCUUUCGGUUUCGGAACCGGACCCCAAUCCCAUAACCACGCGCCAGCAGAUGACGACGGUCACCUGCUGUUCCCGUGCAACGACGACAGUGACCUGCUGACGCUGCUGCUGCCGCCCUACUCCGCCGUGGGCUUCCACUACGCCGGCCAGCAGCCAUUAUUGCUUCAUCAUCGCCAUGACCAUGACGACGACAAGGCCUCCCAAGCAGCCGAGAACCGACAGACCCACCGUCCGCGGCAGCUGCUCGCCGAGGAGAGACGGCGGCGGAGGACGGCCUCCAACCGCGAGUCCGCGCGGCGGUCGCGCGUGCGCAAGCAGAAGCAGCUCGGCCAGCUCUGGGACCAGGUCGUCCACCUCCGGGGCGACAGCCGCGACCUGCUCGACCGCCUCAACCGCGCCAUCAGGGACUGCGACCGCGUCAUGCGCGACAACGCGCGGCUGCGUAACGAGCGGGCGGGGCUGCAGAGGAGGCUCCUGGACCUCAUCACCGACGGCGACGGUGAUGACCGACCAUUUUAGAUAUAUAUAUAUGUUCUAUAGAAAAAAAUAGAGAUAUCAGUAGGAGUAUAUAUGUAGCAGCUCCGCUACUGAAGUAGAUCGAUCGAGGUCGUAGAUCUUGACGUAGCACCUACUCCGUCCUAAACGCCAACGUGUUUGCCUAGCACAUGACAGCACCUGCAUCGGUAAGGAACGAAACCACAAGGGGCUAAACCCCUACUCAAGAUAUUCCUUAUACUGAACGAACAUAUUCUGAACAAGAAGUCUGAAGAAAACUUUAUGUUUAUACUGAUAGAAGGAUUUCCAAAUCCACUUAAAAGCAAGAUGAGCCCAUCUACGUCGAGAGAAAAAAAAUACAGGUAAACAUUUCUAGAAUAGGACACUACAGCAACAUAAACCCAUAAUCCGUCGAAAAUAAGCCUUACACCGCCGACUCUUUGAUACCUCAACAAAACAUCAUUGUGUUUCUAACCCUUCUUUAGUUUGAGCAUUUACAUUUGA